UCCGUUGUGAUAAUAAUUAUGAGACUAACAAAUUGCUGCAACGAUUAUUUUUACUCAAAUGAAUUUCUUUGCAAUACCUAACCGUUCAAUACCUGUCGUCUUUUACAUUCAGUGUUUUAAUUAAUUAUUUUUCCAGAAUCAAUAAUGGCUAUGGCUUCUCCUGUAAUGUCUGCAAGAAUUGUAGUAAGAAUUCUUAAAAAUCUGGAUGACAUUCAUGAUUUCAUGAGUUGUGCGAGAGAUCAAUCCGAAGACCCUAUUUUGUCUUAUCUGUUGAUCCGUAAUGAAGAUCGCCAUAAAAAAGAAGACUUGUCGACCAAGUUGUCGGCUUUCUUGCUAUUGAACAACUGAUUAUUAACCAAUAAUUAUUAAUACCCCUUCUAUAAUGAUCAUACAUUCUCUGAACAGUUUGUAGACAAUGGCGUCGUAUAGUUCAAAGGAUACUUCUCAAUGUUAAAUAUCUAGUCAAGAGACAUCCAGACCACGAACUUGAUCCAGGAUCAACAGCGACUAAACAAAUGAAUACACUUUACUAUACUUCGCCCAUUGUCUUAUCAUACUGGCAUCUCAGCGAAUUGGUACCGAAUCUGAGUAUCCUUGAUAUGGCUGGUCAUAACAAAUUAUGGCUUACCCAUGAAGAUGCAGAAGCUAUGUUAACUGCUUCUGAAAGCUUGAGAGGCCUCAUCUAUCGGCUUGGAGACAUCCUCGAUUUUUAUGUUGUGGAAGGAGCUCCAUUCCUCUUAAAUUUAUCCAUAUAUUAUUUGUCGCCUAAGGAAGCGCGUUAUUUUUCUGAAGUUAGUUUAAUGCAGCUCCAUACUGAAGAAUGUUUUUUAGAUUCAUUAUUUUCACAUAGUUUAAUUAGACUCCAUAUUGGUUAUACACUUGGUGGAACCUAUGAUGGAUGCUACUUGGAUAAUCUCAAAAUUCUGGAAAUAAAUACGCUCGUUACCGAUGACGAUGGCCAUUAUAAGGGUUUUAGCUUGAUAAAUAGAUGUCCGAAUUUGCAAAGCCUUUAUCUUAAAAUAGAUGGUAUUCAAAAUAGAUUCACCUUCACUAGUCAAGAUGUUUCUUACAAUGGAAAUGUUCGUGAUUUAGUUAUAGAAAGUCCUUAUUGUGAAUGGAAAUUGAUAAGGAGGAUAUUGAACAAAUUUCCAAGGAUAAAGAAUCUGGCGAUAAGAGAGAACUUCCGAAUACACGAUUCUUGUGUGCCUGAAAUAAUUGACAUGUUACCUAACAUUACUCUGAUCGAUCUACGAGGAUGCUAUAAUAUAACGCGAGACGCGGAAGCUUUUGUUAUAAACCAUCGCGGCAACAGUCCUUUUCCAACAUUUUAUUACGAACAGGAUAAUAGGAUUUUGAGAGAAUGGCGUAAUUUGCACACUACUUAUGAACGUAUUAUUAGAGGUUUCAGUUUCAUGAAAUAUUGUUUUAUAAAAACUUUUGACCAUCUACCAUACCUCAUGGAUCAGUUUUAAUGAAGAAAGAAUCCGAAGGAAUUGUUUUAUCGCUAUUGAUAAGUAACUUUUGGAGGAUUAUUGUCAAAUGAGGAGAAAGAUACAAUCUAAAGAUGAGCCCUGGAUCCAACAAUUUCUCAAAAAUUGAAAAAAUUUGAUCUUUGUUUCCUGAAUCAACUGUUUAAAUCAGGAAACGUCAUUUAUUUUAUUUCACUACUUUUUUAAAAGCAUUUUACAAAUUUUCCACUUCUAUUUCCAAUCAGUUUCGACUUGAUUAAAAGUGAUAUUUGAUUUUAAA